AUGCUGCUUUUAGUCCAUAUAAUUAUAAGUUCUUAAGUAGCAAGAUCAGAUUUUUCAAAAAUUAUCAUCAAUACCAAAUUAAAUAUUAAUAUUAAAGCUAAUGAUGGAACUGAUCAUUUGAUUGGUCAAUUAUGUUAAUCAUAUUAUUGCUAUAUUUAUAAAUUGGCAUCAUAAACUACAUUAAUAAAUGAAGAUUUUGCUAAUUCUCAAGAUGAUUUAAUGAUUUAUUUCACUCUAUCCAAUUAAUGUUAUAUUGGAAUGAAUACACAAAGAUUGAUUGAAAUAAUUAUUAAUGAAUAAGUACCAAAUGAUAUAAUUGCUCAUUUAGUUAAAUUUUUGUAUUAUGAUAUAUAAGAUAUCUUUAUCUUCAUCUUGAAAGAUGUAAAGUAUUUGAUUGAAAAGAAUCCAAAUCUCAUUACUAAUAAAUAACAAUUAUUAGAACUUUAUAAAGAAGUAAAUAUAUAUUUUAUCAAUAGUGUUAAUUUUUACAAGCAAGAAUGCUUAACUUUUAUAAAUUUAAUCGGAUCUUUCCUCAUUUUAAUUAAAUCAUGCCUCCACACUCAAUCUAAAUCAAAAAUACAGUCUUAAAUUCAGUUUUAGAUGAAAAAUAGAUUGAAUCAGUUCCAAGAUCUAAUCCACAUAACAUUAGAGAACCUCUUUCUGUUAAGAAUUCAGAGAAAAAAAUUUAUGAUUAUCCUAGGCCUUUCUCACCGAAGCAAAAAUAUUGA